CACACCGCCAAUAUGCAGCGCCGACAGAGCGCAAAGGGCGAAUGGAUCCCUCCGCCCGGCCAAUGGCCUGUGGAUCCCCAGAACGACGUCCCCGUCUCCCAAGACCGCAUCUGGAUUGACGGCUGCUUCGACUUUAGCCAUCACGGCCAUGCCGGCGCAAUGCUUCAAGCCCGCCAACUCGGCACCGAGCUCCUCGUCGGCGUCCACUCCGACGAAGCAAUCAUGGAAAACAAAGGCCCAACCGUCAUGACGCUGAAGGAGCGCAUCGCAGCAGUCGAAGCCUGCCGCUGGGCCACCCUCGCCAUCCCCUCGGCCCCCUACGUAACCUCGCUCCCCUGGAUCACCCACUACGGCUGCCACUACGUCGUGCACGGCGACGACAUCACCUCCGACGCCGCGGGCGAGGACUGCUACCGCUUCGUCAAGCAGGCCGGCCGCUUCAAAGUCGUCAAGCGCACCCCGGGCAUCUCCACCACCGACCUCGUCGGGCGCAUGCUGCUGUGCACGAAAACCCACUUCAUACAGUCCCUGCAAAGUAUGCUGGCCGGGGACGAGGGACCGGGGAGCGAGGACGAGCGGAAGAGCACGGGUGAGGCCAUGCGCCAGCGGAUAAAGGACUACGCGACCGACGAGAGCGGGCUGCGGCCGGGGAGCGACGUGUGGUACUGGCACGCGAGCCGGCCGGUGAAGGAGAGGCGGACGACGCAGACGAGUACGUCGAACUCGUCGGAUAGCACUGGGCGGAGAUCCUCGACAGAUGGGUCCGGAAAGCGGCCGAGCCAUAGCCAUCACCAUUCGCAUUCGUCGUCGCAUCACGCCGUCAAGGAAGAGAAGGGCACGUUCACGCAGCUCGUCACAGGCAAGGGCGCGCGGAAGGGCCAGGCGGUUGUGUAUGUCGACGGCGGCUUCGACCUCUUCUCUUCCGGCCACAUCGAGUUCCUGCGCCUCGUCACGCAAGCUGAAGAGGAAGCGGGGCGGGCGCGGGGAUGGUAUACCGACGAAGCUAAAGCGGCGCGGGUCGCAGAGGCGGGCGAGGACUACGGCCCCGUAUUCAUAGUCGCCGGGAUCCACGACGACGAGGUCAUCAACCACUGGAAGGGCAUCAACUACCCCAUCAUGAACAUCUUCGAGCGGGGGCUCUGCGUGCUGCAAUGCAAGUACAUCCACGCCCUCAUCUUCGGCGCCCCCUUCUCCCUGUCCCGCGCCUUCCUCUCCUCCCUCCCCUACACCACGCCGCGCACCAUCUCGCCCUCCCUCCCCGAAGACGCCGCCUCGACCCCCGGGGCGGGUGGGCCGCCCAACCUCACCGUCUACCACGGCCACACGACCUUCAUGCCGCUGACGUACGACCCCUACGCCGUCGCCAAGGCGCUCGGCGUGUACAGGGAGCUGCCGAACCACGAGUACAACAACGUGAAUGCGGGCGAGAUUGUGGAGCGGAUUCUCAGGGGGAGAGAGAUGUAUGAGGCGAGGCAGCGGAUGAAGGGGGAGAAGAAUGUGGGCGAGGAGGCGGUGCGGCUGAGGGAGGAGAUGGAGAGGGAGGCGGCGGAGCGGGAGAGGGAGAGGGUGAGGCGGGAUGUCGAGGGGCAGUGGGGGUUGUAG